ACGUGGAGACAUAGCCGUAGCCUUUGAAACGUGAUUUGGACACGCCCUAAGUUGACAUGCGAUUACAAUCGUUCUCUGUGAGUUUCCCAACAUAUGUUCGUAAGUGGCACAUUAACAACCGAGUUCGCACCCGAAACGACAGCAAAAAGGAAGGUUCUGUACGGUUGUUGGAAAGUUGAACCAUCUGCAAAUUCACCGUUAGCGUAUAUGGGACGCCCUCUUUCGCUAUGAAUCACCUUGCGAUAGCUUCAUUUUUCUACUUUGUGGCGGUUUUCACCCUGAGCGGUGUAGAGGCUCAAAGCACAGGCAGUCUGAUGUGUUACAACUGCACCUACACCUCUGUCCUUGGAUUUGAUGUUGGAGAAAAGGGUUGUUCGGACCCUUUCAACUCUGCAGGGAUUAGCGAUAUAUCAUGUGAUGGUUCGUGUGUGAAACAGAAGCUGGAAGGAAACAUUCCUAGCACGACGAGGAGCUGCUACACAGCCUCGGAAGGCGACUGCAUUCAACUCAACGGAGUCGAGAUCUCCCCUGGGAAUCACCUCUACCAGUACUGCUGCACCGGCAAUCUCUGUAACAGCGCAGCUUCGCUGACCUUUAACUUCGUUGCUGUCGCGUCUUUAUGCGGCGCUCUUGCUGCCAAGCACUAACGGAAAUCACUCUGGUUUGUGAGUCUGCCUAUAGUUGGUAAGACCGAUGACACCCUAAUCUUUUUAAGUUGUCGGUCUCUUUUGGACUGAAUUUCUGUCAGAUACUAAAAACUCCAAAUCUAAAUGAUUUGUGGAGAUCAACAUAUUAACAUUUUCGACAAUUUCCUUUCAGCCAACCUUAGGCCUAAUGCCUAUUGAUAGUUCGUCACAUGUAUCUUCAUAAUAAUUAAUAUAUACUUCAUUUACGUAAACCAUUGCGAUACUAUACAACGAACGUUGCAGCGCGAACCAUUUUACGCGCAAUUGUUUGAAUUGUCUAAUUCUCCAAAUCAUGUUGUUGACUCAAUAACAGACAGACUCCAAAAAGACCAGUGGACCUACUGGUUGUUGAUGUUGAGCUUUUAAGCAAACCGAAACGCUGUCAAAUAUUGCGGCAGAUUUGUGUCAGAACAGCCAAAAAUGUCGUACGCUGAACUGGAAUGAGCGAAAACGUACAAGAUAUGAAGUGCUUGGUGGGCUGGCAACGUCACAUUUGGCCAUUUUUAAAAAUGAGCCUGUAAUUUACGAGCCGCUUCCGCGUGUAGCAUGCAGUGCGUGAACAGUGACAUCCCGAAAGCAGAGAGUUGCCAAUUCAACCUUAAUUUACGCGAUAUACUGUAUCACGUAAAUCGGGGUCGGACCCGCUCGCGAAAGUCAUUUAGCGUUCAAGUUGGAGGAAGAGUGCAUUUUACACCCCAACUGCUUGAUGCACUUGGGCUGGACAAGACUCGAGAAAGAAGUUUUUCUGCAAUAAUUUUUAAAUGGUAUACAUGUACAUGCAUGUGGGUUGUCAUGUCUCACAUUGAUUUUAACACUUGCGCGUCACCUUUAGCCUGAGCUCAGUGAUGUCAUUUCGUCACCAAAUUGUACCGACAUUUUAUAUGUUUACCCGGACAUCCACUUUGAUUUUACACUAACAAUCUAAUUUUUGAACCUGAUAAUUAGAACAUUUUUAAUUGUCCAUGGGUAAUUUUGCUUUUAAUUUUGGGUUGUUUUAGGCUUACUCAUGCUUUUGUCUUGUCAGUUUUACUCUUAUUUUUAGUGAAUGUGUAGAGUUUUAAUAAAGUACAUGUAUAUGUAUAAUCCA